CUAAGAGCCUUUAAAUCAAUAUAACUGGGCAAAGCUAGGUCUUUGGGAAUAGCAGCGUUUAACAGCAGAAGACGGAAGAACGGAGAGUGUAAAACCAGCUCUUUAACUGGACACUAACUUCCAUUUCUAGCCUGCUGGCACCUAGGAGACGUCCUGACAGCUCUGCUCGCUGGCAGCUAUUGCUUUUCACAGAUCACCGUCUGCAGGGAGUAUGUUAUAUGUGGAGCUUCUCCCUCUCCAGAGCUGUGGAUUGGCCUCUCUUUGUCUGCCCCGUUUUACUCUGCUGAGUUUUGCUGUGAAGACCUGCGUUUCAUCCUGCAUGAAUAUGAAAUGGGCUGGAUGGGAUUAGGGGGAAGUGACAGCUCCACCUCCCCCAUCAGAUUCAGGACUAGAUUAGUGGUGGAGAUGGAACAAAACAGACAGUACUGGCAGCAUGACAAUAACCAGCUUUGUUGUGGCUCUAAUUUUAGGGAGCAUCCCUAUAGUGGGUUGCUUUGAUAAGUCUUCCAGUUCGUCCAUUUAUCAUCUUGUCCAUCAACAUCAUCAGUCACUUCGCAAGCUUCUUCAACCUGGCCAUCACCCAAAGUCUCACCACUCCUUACCUGCACACCAUCAGUACACCGGUUGUCCAAAGUACAAAGGCAAAGAGGGCUCUAUAGGUGACUAUAUCAAUGUUACUGAAUUUGGAGCAGAUUGUUUGAACUGGGUGGAAAUACCCACUUACUUGGAGAGAAAACCAGGAAAAGGACUGGGAGACCAUAACUUCUGCAGGAACCCAGAUGGGAGGAGUAAACCUUGGUGCUUCUUCAGGAAUAGCCAUGGAAGAGUGGAUUGGGGAUACUGUGACUGCAAACAAGGGUCAGUACGUUUGCGGGGGAGCCAGAAAAGUGACUCUGAAGGAAGUGUGGUUGAAGUCUACGUGAAUGGUACCUGGGGAACGAUCUGCAUCAGUCAGUGGGAUGAUAAUGAUGCGUCAGUCAUAUGUCGGCAGCUUGAACUUGGCAAUAAAGGGGAAGCAAAGAAGAUACCAUUAUCUGGAGUGAUUCCAUCUCUUUGGAAUGAUAUACGUUGCCGUGGUGAUGAAGAAAAUAUACUCCUGUGUGAAAAAAACAUCUGGCAAGGUGGAGCGUGUCCACAGAAAGUAGCAGCUGCGGUCACAUGUAGUUUUUUGCACGACUCUACUUUUAUACCGGCUCGCCUGGUUGGUGGGAGCUCUGCGUUUGAGGGACGGAUAGAAGUCUUUCACUCUGGCCAGUGGGGAACAGUCUGUGAUGAUCAGUGGGAUGAUGCUGAUGCGGAGGUGGUUUGCAGGCAACUGGGGUUUGGGGGAGUUGCGAAGGCAUGGAAUCAAGCUCAUUUUGGAGAAGGUAUAGGUCCAAUUCUUCUGGAUGAAGUACAGUGCACAGGAAAUGAGCUUUCUAUAGAGGAGUGUCAGCGGAGCUCAUGGGGUGAACACAACUGUGGGCACAAGGAAGAUGCAGGAGUUUCCUGCACACCACUGGCAGAUGGUUCUGUUAGACUAGCAAGUGGUAAAGGUAGCCAUGAAGGACGCCUGGAAGUAUUCCACAAGUCACAGUGGGGAACGGUAUGUGAUGACGGGUGGACGGACUUGAACACACAAGUUGUGUGCCGCCAACUUGGAUUUAAGUAUGGAAAGAUCUCUCUGGAAACUAAUUUGGAGGAAAGCAGUGGUGUCAUCUGGUUGGAUGAUGUUUCCUGCACAGGCAGGGAGUCCAUUCUAAUUCAUUGCACAAAUAAAGACUGGGGCAAGCAUGACUGCAGUCAUCAGGAGGAUGUUCACAUAACGUGUCAUCCAGACACUGACCUGCACAGGGCUACCAUAGGUCCUCCUCUGAGGUUGAUGGAUGGUGAAACAAAGAAAGAAGGGCGUGUGGAGAUUUAUCUCAAUGGCCAGUGGGGCACAAUCUGUGAUGAUGGAUGGACCGAUAAGGAUGCGUCUGUUGUAUGUCGGCAGCUUGGCUACAAGGGUCCAGCAAAGGCCAGGACCAUGGCUUAUUUUGGAGAAGGAAAGGGUCCUAUUCAUGUGGAUAAUGUUAAAUGUACAGGAAGUGAAAGAUCUUUGGGAGACUGCAUCAAGCAAGAUAUUGGAAAGCACAACUGCCGCCACAGUGAAGAUGCUGGAGUGAUCUGUGAUUACCUAAGCAAGAAGAUGACCAUGGUUGGACCUAAAGAUUCAUCCCUUGUUUGUGGCUUGCGGUUAAUAAAUCGGCGCCCUAAACGUAUUAUUGGUGGGAGAAAUUCCUUACGAGGUGGCUGGCCCUGGCAGGUAGCUCUGCGGCUGAAAUCUUCUCACAGUGAUGGAAGGCUGUUAUGUGGAGCUACUCUCAUCAGCAGCUGCUGGGUGCUCACUGCUGCUCAUUGUUUUAAGAGGUAUGGUAACAACACUCGCAGCUAUGUGAUCAGAGUGGGGGAUUAUCACACACUUGUCCCAGAGGAGUAUGAAGAAGAUUUGGUGAUCCAACAGAUUAUAAUACACAAAGACUACAAACCGGAUGGAAGUGAUUAUGAUAUUGCUCUGUUAAGACUACAUGGACCUUCUGACCAAUGUGUACCACUCAGCACCCAUGUCUUACCAGCCUGCCUGCCUCUGAGAAGGGAAAGGCCACAAAAAACAGCACAAAACUGUUUUAUCACCGGAUGGGGUGACACAGGUCGAGCAUAUUCAAGGACUUUGCAACAAGCUGCGGUGACAUUAUUACCCAAGAGAAUCUGUGAAGAACGGUACAAGAGCCGGUUUACUGGAAGGAUGCUAUGUGCUGGGAGUCCACAUGAACAGAAGCAUGUGGACAGCUGUCAAGGAGACAGUGGUGGUCCUCUGGUGUGUGAACGUAAUGGGGGAAACUGGGUAAUUUUUGGAGUAACAUCUUGGGGUUAUGGUUGUGGAGUUAAAGACUCUCCUGGAGUAUAUACAAAAGUGUCUGCUUUUAUACCAUGGAUAAAAACUAUGACCAAUUUGUAAGCAGCAGAGAAUCCAAAUGUUUCCAAAGAAGCUAGACCAAAUUGUCAUGUACAUUGCAUUGACAGCACUCAGGAGCUAGGAAGUGCUAUAACAUAUAGACUUUACCUUACUAAUGAGGGUGCUCUAAGAAAACACGGUCAAGACAGCAGUCAGCAUGGUUGGAUCUAAGAAGAGGAAUGUGUGUACCAGAAGAGAUGAACACGCUGCAUCAGGAGUUAUUCAGUAUCUUCUGCUGAGAACCAAAUGAUGGAUGCUAAUAAAUGUGACCACACUAAUUCAGUUUUAAUCAGUAAUAAUUACUGAUAAUGAUCCAAUAUUGUACUUCUUUUUUAUUGUUAUCAAUAAGUGAAGCAUACUUUUUUACACAUAAUAAACCAGAUGUUGAAAACAGUGUACAAAAUAAUGAUAUUUAUACAUAAUUAGUGAUUAGUGUGUGUAGCAAGCCAUGUUUUGGGUCCCAACCCAGAGGUGAAAUACUACUGUUAUAAAAAGAUGAUGUAUAUGCAUUCUAUUGGUACUGCCAAGUGUUCUACAAUAUGUUAUAACAGAGAACUAGAUCAGUACUAGACAUCAUUUUGCCCACCACUGUCAGGUUCUGCACAGUGAGCUGAGAGGGGAACCAGGCCAUGGCGGUGUGCUUGUACGCACAUAUUCAGUGGCAGCUCCAGAGGUGGUGAUGCAGUGAGGUCCAAAGUUCAGAUAGGGGAGUCACACCAACUGCCACCAACUGUCAUCCCAAACUUACGCAAUGGCUCUCCUGUUUGAACUUUGGACUGUGCUGCAGCCCCACCGCUGCACACCCACCACAAAUUACAUUCAACUACUUUUCACUUUGUUUUAUAAUUGAAUUAGGCAGGGGAAAAAGUACUGUAGGUAGCAGCUAGGAGCCAGUCAAAUAUCAGAUUCAGUAUAACAUUUUAUAGAGUCAGCUACAGUAAUUUAUGAAGUAGAACGAAAACAGACUCAUGUGCAAUGCAUAGACCAGUGGUAGCCAACCCUGGUCCUCGAGAGCUACCAACAGUUCACGUUUUCUAGCUCACCUAGCAGGUGCACAAGUGCUGUCAUUACUCACUGACACAUUUUAAAAGAUCCACAGAUGGAGCUAAUUACUAUGCUUGUGAUUCUGUGAGGAGACCUGGAAAACAUGAACUGUUGGUAGCUCUUGAGGACCACUCUUGGCUACCCCUGGCAUAGACCAAUGCACCAGGUUGAUCACUGUGUACAUCAAUAGGUGCUUGCUUGCUUCCCAGGUCUUGGUUCCUCUAUGCAGAUGUUUUGCAUGCGAUUAUGGUAUGGAAUAGGAACCUUCAUGCUGACAAAAGUAAAAAUGUGACUAUAGAAAUUUAUAUGGAAAUCACAGACUGGCACAUCCAAAUACAUUUUUUUUACAUUGGCAGCAAAGCAUUGUAAAACUAUUGUUGAGUUGUUCAUGCUGGAACUUGUAGUUCCUUGAGUCCUAACAUGCCCUGAGAGCCAGAAAUUACUGGGGCUUGUAAUAUUGCAACAAAAUUUAUUUUUUGAGUUUUGGGAAAAAUAAAUAUACAGUACAGUAUGCAUUUAUUUAAUUUAUUUAUUUUAAUUAGCAACAUGUUUUUGUGGAUUUUCUUUGCCCAUUGAAAUACAUUAUCUAUUAAAAUGAAUGAUAAUGC